UUUACAAAUCAUUUGUAAUGUUUUUACUGCAAACAAUUUUUUUUUAAAAAGCUGAGAUUGUUACAUAUCACUUGCUCUCAGAUCAUGCUGUAGUUUCACAUCUUGUCUUAUAGGACCAUAAAAUUUAGUAUUUGUUUAACAGAUUAUGUCUGUUCCACUUGUACUUAAGCACUCUGUACCAUUUUGCACAGCUGAAGAUCUAGCAAUUAUGUUCUUUUUAAUGUGGGGCAUUUUGCUGUAAAACAAUAAACAUACUUACUCUGUGCUGAAACUAAAAAAAAAAAAAAAAUCAUAUUACUGCUGGACCUGAAAUCACCAUCACAAAAGUUACCAAUGUGUAUGUCAACCAAAUAUGCAUAUCUGGGGUAGAGGGAACCAGUAUAUUGGAUUUAUCGAUUUCGAGCGUUAGUAGAAAAGAUGAUCUAGCGUCAAUCUUCCGUUUCUUCUUCUGGUAUUAACAGAAGAUAAGAGAAGCUUUUAAAAAAAAAAAAAAAAAAAAAAGUCUGCUUAGAUUUUAGCCUUCUCAGCGCUGCCAGUCUUUACAAGCAGUCGUGCAGUGAUAGACUUUAAAAGAAGAAUUAAAGGGGCUCAUACACUGUCUUUGUUCUUAACGAGGCAGAGAUGAAACUCCCCGCCGCUAACGGCUAUCAGCAAAGUGGCAUUUUACUUGGGGUUAGGGGUGUCUGUCGGCCUUCUUCGACUUCCGAUCCUGCCACGUGUGCGGAGAGCCGAGCAGCUCACUUGGAAGCGCUCUCUAGAAAAGGGGAGCGAGCAAUAUAUUUUUUGUUUGCCCUCGCGUGAGACACGCAGGUUUGGCUGGCUGGAGGCGAUUCCUGCCAGGGUGUGGGCAGCUCGUCUCCUCCUUGCAACCGCGACGGGCUCAACUCACUGCAGGGCAAACGGAUUCCUUUCCGCAGGGCGCCGGGGCAGGAGCGCACUGACCAGCAGCACGUCACGCCUCUGCUCACAGAAGCGCCACCGCAGUGAACUGCCUGUGCAGCGGGGCUAGUGGGGUGCAGGCCGCCGGCCGGGGCUGUGCCCUGCCUCCAGCGCGACAGCAGAGCGGCUUUCCACUCCCUGCCCGCGGCGUGUUGUACAGCGAAAGGGGCAGUUCCCGCUCGAUGCGCGGGGCUGUGCGAUGGAGAACUGGAGCCGUAUCCCAGCGGCGCGGGAGGAGCCUGGCAGCCUGCCUGGCCACCCCGCGCUCGCACUGGCAGCAAGCCCCUCUCCACCUUUCCUACACGAGCCUGGAGAGAACAGCGCCCCCCGGGGCGAGGGGCCCGCCCCCCGGCUGGUGCGGUCGGAGGAGCAGCUCUGGCGACUCACUGCCGGGGUCAGAGCUCAUACUCGUCCUAGCGCCCUGUUCGGGUCAUUCCGCUGUUCGCUCUACCCCAAGGCCAUCGCCGCCCCCUGCGGCACCCCCCUGCGGCCGCCCAGCUCUGCCGCUCGCCGGAACGGAGGCACGGGGCUACCGCCGGGGGCGUCUCCGCACCCCGCACUCCCAACGGAAGGAGACGUCUCCAGCCCCGCCCUUUCCAGCGCCCCAUUCGCGCCAAACGAACGUAUGACGUAUGUUCUGCGUGGCCCAGCCUCCGUCUUCCUUGUUUUCAAACUGAGUGGGCGUGUGUGAUUGGCUGGCGUGGGGGCCACGAGACUAACGGUCGCGGGAAAGCCGCGGAGUCUGAACGGCAAGAGCUGGGCUACCCUGGGCAGCGCUAGCGAGUGGGUCCGCGCGGAGCCUGCAGUGGUGCGGGGCCCCGGAGGAGCCUGGGGUGGCGCCUACUCUGCGCCGAUAGUGGCAGAGCUGGGGAGCGGUCGGCGUGGGAGCGGCCGCGUCUCCCCGUGAGCGGGGCCCGUUCGGAGCCGGGAGCGGCCCGGAGCCUUGGUCCCGCCAUGAGCUUCGUGAGCCUGCAGCAGGCCGCGGCGCGGCGCGUCUCGGUCCGGCGGGCGGCCGCCCCGAUCCGGCAGAAGCUGCUGUUCCCGGCCGGCAGCAGCGACUGCGAGGAGGAGGACGAGGAGGAGGAAGGGGGCAGCAGCGGCAACAGCACCGGCGAGGACUCAGCCUUCCAGGAGGCGGACUCGCCGCUCUCGGCAGCCCGCACUCCGGCGCGGGGCGAGCCGCCGCCGCUGGAAGAGGAGGAGAUGGAGCCGGCGGGGUCCGCGCUGCCUGGGGAGGAGGAGGACUCAUGGGAGGAGGAGGGCUUCGGCUCGUCCCCGGUCAAGUCGCCCGGAGCCUACUUCAUGGCCGGCUCGCCCUCGCCGCCACUCAAGGGCCGCCGGUGUUGCGGGGAGUCGCCGACGCAUUUCACUGCAGGCGGGUACCGGGUCCGCAGCGAGGAGCCCCGCUCCCCCCUGCUCGAGUGCCCCGGCACCCCGCCCCACAAGACCUUCCGCAAGCUGCGCCUCUUCGACACACCGCACACGCCCAAGAGUUUGCUUUCCAAAGCUCAAGGAAUGGGCUCCAGUUCAGUUAAACUCCGUGUAGGAUCCCUCUUCAUGAAUGUUGGGAAGUCCGAAAAGCAGGAUGCUGUUAUGAGACGGACACCUCAUGUGAACAUUAAUCCCUUUACUCCAGACUCGCUGUUCCUUCAGACUUCAGCUGGACAGUGUCGUAGAAGAAAGAGAACACAUUGGAAUGACUCUUGUGGGGAGGACAUGGAAGCAAGUGAUGGAGAGCUUGAAGAUGAAACUAUCAGACCUGCCAAGCGGAUCACAAUAACAGAAAGUAAUAUGAAGUCACGGUAUGAAACAGAAUUUCAUGAAUUGGAGAAGAUUGGGUCUGGAGAAUUUGGUUCCGUGUUUAAAUGUGUAAAAAGACUUGAUGGCUGUAUCUAUGCUAUAAAACGGUCCAAGAAGCCCUUAGCUGGCUCAGUUGAUGAGCAGAAUGCUUUAAGAGAGGUCUAUGCACAUGCAGUUUUGGGGCAGCAUUCUCAUGUAGUCAGAUACUACUCUGCCUGGGCAGAAGAUGAUCACAUGCUUAUACAGAAUGAAUAUUGUAAUGGUGGGAGUUUAGCUGAUGCCAUAAGUGAAAACUACAGAAAUAUGCGCUAUUUUACUGAACCCGAGCUGAAAGAUCUUCUACUUCAGGUGGCUCGUGGCUUAAAGUAUAUUCAUUCAAUGUCACUGGUACACAUGGAUAUAAAGCCUAGUAAUAUCUUCAUAUCUAGGACAUCAGUUCCAAGUAUGACAUCAGAGGAAGGUGAUGAUGAUGACUGGUCUUCUGACAAAGUUGUAUUUAAAAUAGGUGAUCUUGGUCACGUAACUAGAGUAUCUAGUCCACAAGUAGAGGAAGGAGAUAGCCGUUUUCUUGCAAAUGAAGUUUUACAAGAGAACUAUACUCACUUGCCGAAAGCUGAUAUUUUUGCUCUUGCUCUAACUGUUGUGUGUGCUGCUGGUGCUGAACCACUUCCGACUAAUGGAGACCAAUGGCAUGAAAUUCGACAAGGAAAACUGCCUAGAAUACCACAAGUUCUUUCUCAAGAAUUAUUGGAGUUAUUAAAAGUUAUGAUUAGUCCAGAUCCAGAGAGAAGACCUACAGCAGUGGCUCUGGGCAAGCAUUCAGUGCUGCUAUCUGCUGCCAAAAAGAGUGCAGAGCAACUUCGGAUAGAGCUGAAUGCUGAGAAGUUCAAAAAUUCACUCUUGCAAAAAGAACUGAAGAAGGCACAAAUGGCAAAAGCUGCAGCAGAAGAGAGGGCACUGUUCACCGACCGAAUGGCAACUAGAUCUACAACACAGAAUAGAACAUCUCGACUCAUCGGAAAGAAAAUGAACCGCUCAGUUAGUCUUACUAUAUACUGAAAUAUCCAUUCCAAAAAAACCUGAGGAGAGACUAUGAAAUCUUCUUAAGGGAUUGAAUUUUUGAGGAGUUGAAGGAAGAAUUCAAUUUCUGGUUUCUUGCCCAGUCUUCAAUCAGUGUCUCUAGUUUUACAGAAAUAACUUUUAGGAUUUUUAAUUGCAAAAUACAGCAAAUUAGCUGUAUUAACAAUUGAGAGAUGGACUCUAAUAUCUGGUCUGUUGGAAACGUUGGAUGUUAAUCCAUAAGCCUUUCAGUUACACUGUUAAAUGUUACACCAUCCCAGGGUUAACCACUAUAGUGGUGUGCUGCUUUUUAGUGUUACUACAUUGUAACAAAAUAUAUUCCCUAAUAAUCUUAAAAGGGCUUUAUUGAAAUUAGAUUGUCCUUGGAACAGGGAAGGAAUGCUGAGGAGACUGGUUUAAGGCCAUUCAAUAUACCUGGUGUCAGGAAACUUUUUAUUGUGAAUUUUACUUGUCUGUUCAACUGGGAGCACUUUGUCGGCAUAACUUAAACCAUGGAUAAAUAAGCCUGUGGAAGUAUAUGCCAUGUGAAACUGCUGCUAUUUUAGUUUUUUGUCCUUGCUGUAAACUGUAGCAUUAAAACAAUCAUUGUUGUGUUAAUAGGCUUUCUGUUAAAACAAUUAUGUGAAAAAUAUCUAAGCUGCCUUUAGUGAAAGCAGCAUUUUUCUUUAAAGCUAGUGCAUUGUGAACUAAAUGCACCAAUUUUAUAUUUGAACUUUGUAUUAGUGUAGUGCAAUUGUUAAUGUCUCAGCUAUUAAUGUUUUUGUAAUUUUUUAAUAAAGUUCUCUGAAUGUUGGGGUUUUCCUCUUCUCCCUCCCUUCAGUUUCAUGUUUGUAUGGCUAUUGAAUAUUUUUGUUGGAGAACCUGUACAUACUUGUGCUGUUUAGUGUAAGUAUUUUGGCUGUUCAAUGUUCAUGUACAUAACUGUUUGAUCUCGCUCAUAGUAUACCAUACUAAACUGCAGUCUGGGAUGCCAGAAGACUGAAUUGAAUCUAUUCCAGUAUAAGUUCUGAACUGAAUACAAUUUGGCUGUGUAAUCACUUUUUCUGUUACUAGUUAAAAGCUGACAGAUAUUGCCAAAAAUGGAAUUUGUUUGUUACUGGCAUGUCUCUACUCAUUAACUUUGAUUUAAACAAUGUUCCCCGUUUGUGUUUCACUUAUUUGUAUUAGUAUUUAAUUGGAAUAUUAAAAGUCAAAGGUUGAGCUUAAUA